AUGUCAUUCCCCAAGAUAGACAAGGACACCCUGGACCGUGUAGUAGAAUUGGCCAAGAACAAGAAAAUCCUGGCUGGAGCUGCUGCAGUGUUCCUGAUAGGCCUUCUCCCACGAUUCAACGCAUGGCUUACCAGGAGAAAGGUCAACAAUUACCUUACCGACAACAGUUGGGACUGGACUAGGGAAAUCGUUGUUGUCACUGGCGGUAGCAGUGGUAUUGGCAAAGAGAUUGUCCUCAAACUUGCAAAGAAGCACAUCAAGGUCAUAGUUAUUGAUCUGAAAGAUCCAAGCUAUCAACUUCCCCCCAACGUAUCUUUCUGCUCAGCAGACCUCUCUGACCCCGUCGAGAUCUCCAAAGUCGCCGAGCAGAUUGUCUCUGAACAUGGCGACCCGACAGUGCUCAUUAACAACGCUGGAAUCGGCAACGCUAUGUCUAUGCUCGCUUGUCCCGAGUCCAAGAUCCGCAAAGUUUUUCACGUAAACAUCAUCGCACCGAUACUGCUUGUGAAGCACUUCCUGCCUACCAUGAUACGAAGAAACCAUGGCCAUAUUGUCAACGUUGGAAGCCUUGCUAGCUUCUCUACCCAGGCGAGUAACGUCGAGUACGGGUGUACCAAGUCUGGACUUCUCGCAUUCCAUGAGGGCUUGCUACAGGAAUUGAGGCACAUCUACAAGGCUCCGCUGGUGCGUGCAAGCAUCAUACAUCCGACUUGGGUGAAGACUCCGUUGAUCGCAGACCUCAUCGCCAAGGGGAAAAUGAAGGACACCACGAUAUCUGCAGAGUCUGUCGCUGAUGGUGUUGUGAACCAGCUUUAUACUGGGUAUGGAGCUCAAGUCAUCGUACCAAAUUCCUCGGCCUGGACUUCUCUGAUACGCGGGUUCCCUGGUUGGAUUCAGGAAGGUUUACGUGACAAGGUGUCUCUUGGACUUCUACAUGCAAUGGAUAAUUAG